AUGGCUACUACAUCUAAGUUGGAGAAGGCAAAGGCCAAGGCCAAGAAGCCUGCCGUGGCCCCGACCAAAUUGAAGCUGAAGCUAAAUGUCCAGGCCCCGAAGGCUGAGGUCGAAGUCUCCGAGACUGGGGCAAAGGGAAAGACCAGCGAUGAGGAAUUUCUCUUGACUCUUCUCAACAGCUCCAAGGUCGAUCACGAGACUGCAUCUAAGUCUCUCGGCAUAAAUAAAGCGGCAUGCCGAAUGCGCUUUAUUCGCCUCCAGCAGAAGUAUGGAUUCAAGAAGAAGGGAAAGGGCACGCCUCGCCAUAAGCAGGCACCUACUACCGAUAACGAGGAAGUGACUACCGAGAAGGACGCAACUCCUACCAAGGAGUCCGAUGUAGCUGAGGAGGGGGCCAACGAGGAUGAGGCCACCGAGGAUGAGGCCACCGAGAACUGA